AUCUGUGAAGUUUAUUGCUGCAACCAUCCUUGUAUUUUUCAAAGAUACAAACUUGGAAUAGUUAUUAUGGACAAAAGGACAUGCUGGAAUUCACCAUCUAAGGUAUUUUUAGCUCUCUCAAUGCUGGUAUUGCAAGGCACAGUUCCUUCGGAGAUAAUCACUGAACGGAAGAUAACCAUGUGGUUCUUCAUCUAUCAUCUUAUUACACCCUGUUUCGUCUAUGGUUUAACAGAGGAAGGAAACAAAGGCUAUGGACCCGUUUUUGAGGAGCAACCUAUUGAUACCAUCUAUCCAGAGGAAUCUUCAGACGGACAAGUUUCAAUGAACUGCAGAGCUCGAGCAAUUCCUUUUCCUACUUACAGGUGGAAACUCAACAACUGGGAUAUUGAUUUAACAAAGGAACGCUACAGUAUGGUGGGAGGCAGACUUGUUAUCAAUAACCCAGAGAAAUCAAGGGAUGCUGGAAAAUAUGUCUGUGUGGUGUCAAAUAUCUUUGGAACUGUCAGAAGCAGUGAAGCCACUCUGAGUUUUGGAUAUCUGGAUCCCUUUCCACCUGAGGAACGUUAUGAGGUUAAAGUGCGAGAAGGUGUUGGAGCAGUGCUUCUUUGUGAGCCUCCUUACCACUACCCAGAUGAUCUCAGUUAUCGCUGGCUUCUCAAUGAGUUCCCAGUAUUCAUUGCAUUGGACAAGCGACGAUUUGUGUCACAGACGAAUGGCAAUCUCUACAUUGCAAAUGUAGAAGCAUCGGACAAGGGCAAUUAUUCCUGUUUUGUGUCCAGCCCUUCGAUAACAAAGAGUGUAUUCAGUAAAUUCAUUCCACUUAUUCCACAGUCUGAUCGUGCAAAAGUGUAUCCUGCUGAUAUCAAAGUGAAGUUCAAGGACACGUAUGCUCUCCUGGGCCAAAAUGUGACACUGGAGUGUUUUGCUCUUGGGAAUCCGGUUCCUGAACUCAGAUGGAGUAAAUACCUUGAACCCAUGCCAGCCACUGCUGAGAUAAGCAUGUCUGGUGCAGUUCUUAAGAUCUUCAAUAUUCAGUAUGAAGAUGAAGGACUUUAUGAGUGUGAAGCUGAAAACUAUAAAGGAAAAGAUAAACAUCAAGCAAGAGUUUAUGUGCAAGCCUCUCCUGAGUGGGUAGAACAUAUCAAUGACACAGAGAAGGAUAUAGGCAGUGACCUCUACUGGCCUUGUGUGGCUACAGGCAAACCUAUUCCCACAAUUAGGUGGUUGAAGAAUGGUGUCUCGUUCCGGAAAGGUGAACUAAGGAUGCAAAGCCUGAGCUUUGACGAUGCCGGCAUGUACCAGUGUAUAGCAGAAAAUGCCCAUGGAAUUAUUUAUGCAAAUGCUGAACUGAAGAUUGUGGCUUCACCUCCUACUUUUGAACUGAACCCUAUGAAGAAGAAAAUCCUAGCAGCUAAAGGGGGCCGUGUAAUCAUUGAAUGUAAGCCUAAAGCUGCUCCUAAGCCAAAAUUCUCAUGGAGCAAAGGAACAGAAUUACUUGUAAAUGGCAGCCGCAUACGUAUCUGGGAUGAUGGGAGCCUGGAAAUUAUCAAUAUCACAAAGCUGGAUGAAGGUCGCUACACCUGUUUUGCAGAAAAUAACCGAGGAAAAGCUAAUAGCACUGGUGUUCUAGAAAUGACAGAAGCUACAAGGAUUACUUUAGCUCCGUUGAAUGUUGAUGUCACCGUUGGAGAGAAUGCUACCAUGCAAUGCAUUGCAUCCCAUGAUCCCACAUUAGACCUGACAUUUAUUUGGUCUCUAAAUGGCUUUGUAAUAGAUUUUGAGAAAGAACACGAACAUUAUGAAAGGAAUGUUAUGAUUAAAUCCAACGGUGAGCUGCUCAUUAAAAACGUUCAGCUGCGGCAUGCAGGGAGAUACACGUGCACUGCUCAGACGAUUGUGGACAACUCCUCAGCUUCAGCUGACCUUGUGGUAAGAGGUCCUCCAGGCCCUCCCGGAGGUAUAAGGGUAGAAGAAAUUAGAGACACUGCUGUAGCACUUACUUGGAGUCGUGGAACAGACAAUCAUAGCCCUAUUUCUAAAUAUACUAUCCAGUCAAAAACUUUCCUGUCUGAAGAGUGGAAAGAUGCAAAAACAGAACCAUCAGAUAUUGAAGGAAAUAUGGAAUCUGCUACAGUGAUUGAUUUAAUUCCAUGGAUGGAAUAUGAGUUCCGAAUAAUAGCAACAAACACGUUGGGGACAGGAGAACCCAGUAUGCCAUCACAGAGAAUUAGAACCGAAGGCGCCCCUCCUAAUGUGGCUCCUUCUGAUGUUGGAGGAGGGGGUGGAAGCAAUCGAGAACUGACAAUCACAUGGAUGCCUUUGUCAAGAGAAUACCACUAUGGCAAUAACUUUGGUUAUAUAGUGGCUUUCAAGCCAUUUGGUGAGAAAGAAUGGAGAAGAGUUACAGUUACUAAUCCUGAAAUUGGCCGGUAUGUCCAUAAGGAUGAAUCAAUGCCACCUUCAACGCAAUAUCAAGUAAAAGUGAAAGCUUUUAACAACAAAGGGGAUGGACCAUUCAGUCUCACUGCUGUCAUUUAUUCAGCACAAGAUGCUCCAACUGAAAUACCUACGGAUGUGAGUGUAAAAGUCUUGUCAUCUUCUGAAAUGUCUGUUUCUUGGCACCAUGUUUCUGAUAAAUCUGUGGAAGGAUAUCAGAUUCGUUAUUGGGCUGCCCAUGAUAAAGAAGCAGCUGCACAGCGGGUACAAGUGAGCAAUCAAGAAUAUUCAACCAAACUGGAAAACCUGAAGCCUAAUACUCGCUACCAUGUAGAUGUUUCUGCUUUCAAUAGUGCAGGCUAUGGACCCCCCAGCAGAACCAUUGAUAUUAUUACCAGGAAAGCACCUCCAAGCCAACGUCCAAGAAUUAUCAGUUCUGUAAGAUCUGGUUCAAGGUACAUCAUCACCUGGGAUCACGUGAAGGCAAUGUCAAAUGAAUCUGCAGUUGAAGGAUACAAAGUACUUUAUAGACCAGAUGGACAACAUGAAGGCAAGUUGUUUUCAACUGGAAAACACACAAUAGAGGUCCCAGUCCCCAGUGAUGGUGAAUAUGUUGUUGAGGUCCGAGCACACAGUGAAGGAGGAGAUGGAGAGGUAGCUCAAAUAAAAAUUUCAGGUGCCACUGCUGGAGUGCCGCCUCUGCUCCUGGUCCUGGUAGUGCCAAGCCUGGGGCUCCUCGCCUGCUCCGGGUUCUGAAUGUAGCUGGAGUUACCUCGUCCUCCACCUGACACAAAGGACUCCCUCUGAAGAUGAGGACCGUGGCUCCUUUUGAUUCCUGUGGCACCAUCCUAAGCCAAAUAAAUUACACUUUAAAAUAAAUUACCCUACCGCAUUUCCUAUGAACUUUAAGAGGACUGAGGCAUCCAGGAACUCCUUCAUGAAGUAAAUCAACUUUUGAAAGGCUAAGAAAUAUUUUUAACUUGUUCCAAUAUGCCUUAUAAAACACUUCUGCUGAUCUGUGACAGUUGCAUGAUUCGGUCCAAUGGGGCAAGUUACAGUGUUAAAACCCAAUAACAUAGGCUGUACAGUGAAAGUAAAAUCACCAUACGUAGGUGCUUUAACUUGAAUAACAAAUUGUGAAAUAUAAUAGAGAUUGAAAUGUUGAUUGUAUGUGAUAAAUGUAAGAGUACUACGUCUGUCUGUACUAUCCUAUAUGUUUUGUGUACUACAUAUUUUUGAAUGGCCCCAUCAUCACGUAUUGGGAUUACUGGUUUUUAGAGAGACAGUCAAAGCAAAAACAUUUCCGUUUUUAGAGCUAUAUUUCUUGAGGCUAUUGGAUAGAACUUGAAGGACUUGAAAUAAAAGUCAAUGACAAGGAAGUUUUUAAGUAUGUUCAGAACACUUGAGAUGUGCAUAGAAUGCUCAGCUUAAUGGAAUUUACCCAUCCUUCGCUGACACAGGAUUUAACAUAUUCUUUUCUUCAAACGAUUCUGUUGAAAAAUUCCAGUAUGGCCGUUGUUGCUGUUUUAAGAGUCAAGUGUCAGCUUUCAGGGAAGC